CUAUACUGAAACUAUAGCAAAGAGAAAAGAGGAGAGCAAAAAUGUUGGGGCCUCACUGCACAGAAAAUCCCCCAAGUCUGAGUUCAACAUGUGGAGCAGGAAAUAUUCAAGAAAUUGGAGGCCUUCAAACUUAUGUAGCAGGAGAUCAAAACUCCAAGCUUGCUAUUCUUCUAGCUGCUGAUGCCUUUGGAUAUGAAGCUCCAAAGUUGAGGAGCCUAGCUGACAAAAUUGCAGCUCUAGGUUUCUUAGUUGUGGUUCCUGACCUCUUCAACGGCGAUCCAUUCAGCUUCGAGAAGCCACGAGAAGCCUGGUCGACUGCUCACACCCCGGAGAAAGGGUGUGAGGAUGCCAAGAAUGUGGUUGAAGCUUUGAGAAGCAGAGGUGUGGUGAAAGUAGGCGCUGCCGGUUUCUGUUGGGGAGGAAUGGCUGUGGUGAGACUAGCAAAAUAUGAUUGCAUAGAUGCUGCAGUUUUGUUGCAUCCUGGCCCUAUUACACAAGACCAAAUAAAUGAGGUGAAAUGUCCAAUUGCAAUCUUGGGAGCAGAGAUUGACAACUAUGCACCACCUGAGCUGUUGAAGCAGUUAGGAGAGGUUUUAGCAGAAAAAUCUGAGGUUGAUAGCUAUGUGAAGAUAUUUCCUGGUGUCGGGCACGGAUGGAGUGUGCGGUACGAGGACAACGACGAAUUUGGUGUGAAGAGUGCUGAGGAAUCUCAUGUGGAUUUGAUGAACUGGUUUACCAAAUACAUCAAGUAAAGAUGUUGGUUCAAGUUCAAACAUGUGUGUUUUUAUGUUAUUUUGUUUCUUGUUGAGUGGUUUUUAUUGUUUUCUGAAAAUCUUAAAGAUGGUGUGUUUAAUGUUAUGGUUUAUGUUCUUGUGGAAAGGUUAUGCUAGAAACCUUCUUUAUAAUAAAAAUACAAUACUAUAUAUUUAUUCAA